UUGAGUCUUUUGGAUUUUGGUUCUUUCCAACACGCCAGCAUUGAACAUGGACAACCGUUCUAUCUCAAAGAAGAGAAAGUUUGUCGGAGAUGGUGUCUUCAAAGCUGAAUUAAACGAGUUUUUAACACGCGAACUCGCUGAAGAUGGAUAUUCUGGAGUAGAGGUACGAGUGACUCCUCAUCGUACCGAAAUUAUUUUGUUGGCGACUCACACGCAAAGUGUUCUUGGAGAAAAAGGUCGUAGGAUCAGAGAAUUGACUUCUGUAGUACAAAAGAGGUUCAACUUCAAAGAAACGCAGAAUAUCGAAUUGUAUGCUGAAAAAGUUGCAACACGUGGACUUUGCGCUAUCGCUCAAGCAGAAUCCUUACGUUAUAAAUUAAUAGGAGGUCUCGCUGUACGAAGGGCUUGCUAUGGAGUUCUUCGUUUCAUCAUGGAAUCGGGAGCAAAAGGUUGCGAAGUUGUUGUCAGUGGUAAAUUGCGUGGACAGAGAGCCAAAUCGAUGAAGUUUGUUGAUGGACUGAUGAUUCAUUCCGGAGAACCUACCAAUGAAUACGUUAAUAUCGCGACGCGUCAUGUACUUCUUCGACAAGGUGUGCUUGGCAUUAAAGUCAAAAUUAUGCUACCAUACGAUCCCAAUGGCAAGACAGGCCCGAAAAAACCUCUUCCAGAUUCUGUUUCUAUUGUCAAACCAAAGGAAGAAAUAUUCCCUACGCAACCAACAUCCGAAGUGAAAGCAUCGAAAGACAUGCCACAACCGGCACCGCUUGCAGUAUAAUUUGUGCACAAAUGACAAUAAACUUUUAAAAGAAA